GCCGCACCAGCACGGGCCGAGGAAGCGCUUAUAUAGAGACGCGAGGGGGCGUCGCAAUCACUGACUGUGCGCCCGCGCCGGAGGACACCUACAACGCGACUGACUGCCCUUCUAUAAAUCUAUCGAGUCGUCGACGCAGACGAGUGUGCGGCCCCUGCAGCUCUCGAUUUUUUUCGUGCGCGCUCUGUUGACAUCGUUACCACCGGAGCAAACGUUACUACGGCCAUGCAGUUCGUCCAGCAGAUUCCGGGCCUGCUUCUUCUGGUGACAUUGCUGUGCUGCGACAGCAUCCGAGCACAGGACUCCUCUAACAUGGCUAACAUGACGAGCAUGAUGGCCAACGCGACGAACAUGACGGCCAACGCGACGAGCCCGACUAAUGUGACGAACGCGACGAUGGUUGAGUCGCCGAUGCCCGCCCAAAUGCCAAUGAACAUGACACAACCGCAACAGCAGCAACCGUCAAUCUGGACCACCGAGGAACUGGUCACUGACCUGUCGCUUCCCGGCGCGCCGAACGCGACGCUGGACGUCAGGUACAACGACUCGCUCCAGGUGACGCUGGGCAACAAGCUGACGCCCCUGCAGGCCAGUACAGCGCCCACCGUGUGCCUGAGAAACGUCAGCGUCGGCUGCGAGCCACCGUUCGCGCUGCUCAUGGUGGACCCAGACGCGACUAGCCGUCAGAACCCACAGUUCCGGAGCUGGCUCCACUGGAUCGUGGUCAAUGUCAACUCCACCGAGAAGCUCCACGAGGGUGACCAGGCUGUGCCGUACAACGGACCCGCGCCGCCCAAGGGUUCUGGACCUCACCGGUAUGUCUUCCUGCUGUACUGUCAGCGCGGUCGGCGACUCCAGGGAUCCGAGUUGGCUCCCGAAAAACGGAAGAACUUUAACCUCGCCGAAUUCGUCAACAAGACAGAACUCGGACCACCCCUGGCCGGGAACUUCUUUUUCGCCGAGAAUCCAUAAAAAGGGGGACAGUGCUUUAUUCCUCGAAUGCUUCGAACUGGUCACCGUCUUCUCCUUCUAUAGAAAGUACGCGUGUGCUAGAAAAAAACGCAUGUGUGGCAUUAGGGCCUCAAUGCGAAAGUUGGUCGAUGAAUGGACAUGUAGGGAUGUUGCGUAAGCAAAAGUACGAGUCGGGCUUUAGAAGCAGUGCAUUGAGUUCGUCUGUAGUCAGCUCUGUCGAUCGAAGUUCCACGCAGAUAACGCUAGCCGUCAUUUUUAGACCACACAAUAACUUCGACGAGUACAGACUGACAGCACAAAUGAGCGCUCACUGUGAUAAGACUAUUAUGUACCUAUACAGUUUACAUGCUCUACACGAACGCCCUGUUCAAUGUUUUCUCCCGCAUCAUCAGUCUUCUAUUGUUUUUGUUCCUUCAUUCCCUUCUUUAUAGACUGCAGAAAAUACAACCCCCCCUCCUCCUCCUCUCACAGCUUCAAAAGAGCCAUUUUAGCACCAUAAACGCGAUUGCUCUGCAUUGUUAACGUUUCUACACCCACUUCUGCAGCCGUGCAAUCGCUAGCUUCUCCAUUUUCUUUCCCACAAUUUUUUUCUGUAACACUUCGUACUAAAGAUAAAAUUGCGUUUGAUCCGCCCUGUUUGAAAGAAAGACCUGUAUUUAGUCAUUACUUUUCGAGCAAUGUUGUAAAUCGAAAAGUCAAUAAAGUGCUUCUGCACAUCAUUUUCGAAUGAGCGUA